AUGUCUGUUGGUGGACCAACUUUAAAGUUUUCAAAUGGCGUUGAGAUGCCACAAGUUGGAUUGGGAACCUGGCUGUCAUCACCGGAGGAAGUGAAGAAGGCAGUGAAAUUUGCUGUCAAAAGCGGCUAUCGUCUUAUUGACACGGCAACAUUAUAUGAGAAUGAAGCUGCCAUUGGUGAAGCCGUUCAGGAACUUAUAAAUGAAGGAGUUGUGAAGCGAGAGGAUCUUUUCAUUACAACAAAGGCGUUUGUUAAUCAAUUAGCUCCUGAAAAACUGGAAGAAGCUCUUCGUGCUUCACUGAAUCGUCUGAAGCUUGAUUAUGUUGAUUUGUAUCUUGCACAUAUGCCAACUGCGUUCAAAGAAGAUAUGUCGGAUAAAUUGGACAUUCCGGUUGAACAAAUUUGGAAAGGAUUCGAAAAAGUUUACAAAUUGAAGUUGACGAGAUCAAUUGGAUCGGGCAGUAUUCCAGUUCAUAAUUCGCAAGUCGAACUUCAUUUAUACUUCCCACAACAUGAACACGUGAAUUUCUGCAAAAAGCACAAUAUUAUUGUGACUUCCUAUGCUACUCUUGGUAGUCCAGGAAGAAAGGAAGCGGUUUUCCCAGGUGGCAAACUUUUAUGGGCCGAGGCUCCAUCUGACUUGGAAGAUGUGAAUGUGAAAAAGCUUUCUGAGAAAUACAACAAGACACCUGCUCAAAUUUUGCUACGUUACGCGAUUGAUCGUGGAAUUGCUAUCAUUCCGAAAUCGACGAACGAGAAGAGAAUUAUUGAAAACUUCCAGCUUUUUGAUUUUAAACUAUCUCAAGAUGAAAUUAAUUUUUUGGAAUCUUCGAAAAUAAAUCAAAGACUCUUCCUUCAUCAAUUCAUGGCUUGCCACCCAGAAGACGGAUUCAAAUCGGAGAGAUAA